AUGGCCUGCUGCGCUACUAGCUUCUGUGGCUUUCCCACAUGCUCCACUGGUGGCACCUGUGGCUCCAGCUGCUGCCAGCCCAGCUGUUGUCAGUCCAGCUGCUGCCAGCCCAGCUGCUCCCAGUCCAGCUGUUGCCAGCCCAGCUGCUGUCAAUCCAGCUGCUGCCAACCUAGCUGCCCCCAGACCAGCUGUUGCCAGCCCACAUGCUGUCAGACCAGCUGCUGCCAGCCAAGCUGCUGUGGAACUGGCAGUGGCCAGGAGGGUGGCAGUGGAGGCGUGAGCUGCCGUGUUAGAUGGUGCCGCCCAGACUGCCGCGUGGAGGGCACCUGCCUGCCCCCCUGCUGCGUGGUGAGCUGCACACCCCCAACCUGCUGCCAGCUUCACCAUGCCCAGGCCUCCUGCUGCCGCCCAUCCUACUGUGGACAGUCCUGCUGCCGCCCAGCCUGCUGCUGCUACUGCUGCCCGCCCAGCUGCUCUGAGCCCAGCUGCUGCCAGCCCAGCUGUUAA